CCAGUGUUGCACAAUCCUCGUUGGAUACACAGCUGUUCCGCGGAGUCAUGAACGAAAAUUAUUAUUAAAAUUGAAUUAGUUGAUUCAAAGAGGAUAGCCAGCAGGCGGCCAGAGGAGCAGCCAAGAUGCAGCGAGUCCAGGCCGACCAAAAGCCAGCCAGAAUGCACCAGCAUGCACAUACGCAUUCGCACGCGCACAGUUUGCAGCAUGCGGAGGAGAAGGAGCACAAUAGCAAUGAGAUGACGACCAACUUGUCGUCGACUGGCCGAAUUGCGGCCAGUAGCAGUGCCACGCCCAGCGCAGCAGCGGGAGGCGGGGCCAGCGGAGCACCCACUCCGCCCAAGAGUCUGGCGCUCAAUCAGAACCAUCACUAUGCACCCGGUUCGGAUACAUCCGGGGAACAGGAGGAGGAGCUGCUGGACUCGCGAUACGAGUGCGCCAUUUGCAUCGAUUGGCUAAAUGAGCCGGUGUUGACGUCGUGCGGCCAUCGAUUUUGUCGCAGCUGCCUCACCGCCUGGAUGCAAAAGAACAAUCAAUGCUGCCCCAUGGACAACAAGCGUCUGUCCGCCGAGCACGACAUCUUUCCGGACAACUACACGCGCCGCGAGAUCGAGCAACUCAAGCGAGAUUGCCCCAACUCCUCGCUGGGCUGUUCGGUGGUUGCCUCGCCCAUCGAACUGCAUCGCCAUCUGCCCAGUUGUCCCUAUCGGCGGCAGCAGGAGCCGCAGGAGGAGAAGUGCCCGUUUGCCAAGAUCAAGUGCGAUUUUGUGGGCCGACCAGAGACCAAUCAGUUGGAGGAGCACCUCAAGGCCGACAUGCCGCAUCACAUGCAGCUGAUGCUGCAGGCAUUCCAGCAGACAGCCAUUGCCACCUGGCAGCCACACAAGCCCAGCACAAGUGGCGCCGCCGUGGAGAAUGGUCAUGGCCAGCAGCAGCUGCCGCCACCGCCGCAAUAUGCCAAUGGUGUGGAUGAGCAGAUUGUGCAAACGAUGUACCAGAGAAUUGUGGUUUUGGAACAGCGGACACGCGAGCAGGAGACGCGACUGGAGAAUAUGCAAAAGCAGCUGCGUCUGGCACGCCAGCAGGCGCCCGUUGAUCCGCGCUACAGCAAUGGCACGAUUGUGUGGCGCAUCGAGCAGCUGGGCGCCUUGGUGGCUCGCCUGCGGGCCAAUGCCAACAAUCAAGUGUACUCGCACGAGUGCUACACCUCGCCGCAUGGCUACAAGUUCUGUGCGCGGCUGAACAUUCAGCCGCGGAAACCGCAUGUGCUCAGCUUGCAUGUGCAUCUGAUGCAGUCGGAGAACGAUUACCACUUGGACUGGCCCUUCAAGGGUCGCAUCAAGUUGUGCAUGGUGCAUCCGGCAGAUGCGACGUUGUCGCAGCACGACACCAUCAUGACCAAGCCGGAGAUUCUGGCGUUCCACAAGCCACGCGAAGCGAUCAGCACACGGGGAUUCGGUUUCCUCGAGUACGCCAACAUAUCGAACAUCAUACAGCUGGGCUUCUGCGCCGACGAUCGGCUGCUCAUCAAGAUCGAGAUCAAUAUUGUGUGAAUUGGCAAUGGAAAAGGAAAUGGAAACGCGGCGGCACCGAUGUCUUCCGAUUGCGUUAAGUUUGCACCAAGGUGGAUCGUGAAUCAUAGGGACCCAAAGGUAAACCGUGCAAGUAGAGAAAAAUAGCCAGGUAUUAGAAAUACAUAAGUACGCAUGGUAGCAAUCAUAAUUGUCAUCUUUUUGAAGCGAAUUCAUUCCUCUAGCAGUGUGAAUUCGUUCCCUAGAUAGACAAUAAUCCCAUCUCCAAGGAGUGCUAGCCUAAUGCUUGACCUGUUAUCACCGUGGCAAUAUAGUUUAGAACUACUGAUAACAAGGCGACCCCGCGAUUUGUGUGAAAUUAGUCGAUCGAUCCACUUUAGUGAACUCGUGCGCCAACGUACAACAAUAUGCAAUACCCGAUAGCUGACACACACGUAUAUAUAUUUUAUAUAGACCUAUAUAUAUAUAGUAUACGAGAGACCGCUAAUAGUCACCGUCUAGCAAGCAUCACAUUAAGCAAUCUUGAUGAUAUUCAAAUACUAAUCGAUAUUAGCCUAGUAUCCUAGAACUAUCUCUUAUUCUCUAUUUGUAUUUCUAGUGCUAUACUAUUACUUACUAUUGGUUCUAGUGAACAAAAGUCAAUGCAGAUCACGUAAAUACAUAGGUCUAUAAUUGGAAAACUUAGUUGGUCUUGGGUUUACCCGUGAUACCUUAUCAAUGCAUUUUCAGUGCUUAAUUAAUCUUUAGUUUUCAAAACAUUCUCGUCAAUUUGAUUGAUUUUAACUAUAUUUGUAACUGAGUACGUCCAUUUGGCAGAAAUGUCAGCCCUAUUUUAAACUAGUUUACUUAAUAUUGCAUCUAGAAUUAUGCUAGGUUUUAAUUCUUCAGUUUAUCGCUUCGAAAAACUAGUAAUGAGUGAACCGACCAGCGCAUAGAAUAUAAAAUAUGUACCUUUUUUGAAAACAACGAAGGGGCGGGAAUAUAUUUUUUUAACCUUUAACGCAAAAGCCUCCGUUUAUGAUCAUCAAUUUCGUUUGGAAAAAAAAAAAAAAAAACAACAAAGGCUGUAUGUAUUAUUUUAUCCCAAUACUUAACUUAGUCCAUAGCGAUACGAACUACAUGUUUAGAGCUAAGAAUCCCGGGUAGAAUGCACACGCUGGCAAGGAUUAGAGCCCAGACUCAUCUGGACUUGGAUCGCUGACAGCUUGGAACCCUCUCCGUUUAGGAAACCCCAAUAAAGGACACUUUUGUACCGC